AUGACACCGGACCGGACAACUAUCCCGAUCCGGUUCAGUCCCGGGGCUCAAUCCCAACCGAUAAAGCGUCACCAUUCGGCUAGCUACUACGCUCACCGUGUCAAAGAAAGUCUCUCAACCCGAAUAUCCAAAUUCAUCUGCGCAAUCUUUCUCUUGGUUCUCUUCUUCGUAGGCGUCAUUGCUUUCAUACUUUGGCUAAGCCUACGCCCUCACCGACCUCGGUUCCAUAUCCAAGACUUCGUGGUCCAAGGACUAGACCAGCCUACCGGAUUCGAGAACGCAAGAGUUGCUUUCAACGUAACCAUACUUAACCCGAACCAACACAUGGGUGUUUACUUUGACUCCAUGGACGGUUUCAUCUACUACAAAGAUCAACCGGUCGGGUCAAGCCCAUUGCUAAGCCCGUUUUACCAGCAGCCGACCAACACAACAGUUGUGACCGGUACGCUUACCGGAGCUUCCUUGACAGUAAACAGUAAUCAUUGGACCGAGUUUAGUAAUGACCGAGCUCAAGGCACCGUGGCUUUUAGGCUCGACAUAGUUUCGAGUAUUCGGUUUAAGCUGUCUCGGUGGAUCAGCAAGCGCCACAAGAUGCAUGCUAACUGCGAUAUCCUGGUUGGACUGGACGGUUUGAUCUUGCCCAAGGUUAACCAUAAACGGUGUCCUGUUUAUUUCACUUAG